AUGAGGCUUUUGAUCGAGCUACGUGACCAUAGUAAUGUCAAGAUGAUGUGUACUCUGUGGGGUGGUUAUGCUAAACAAGUAUACGACUACAGUAUGAGUAACAUGUCCAUAAUGAUUAUUUGUAUUAUCAGGUUCUGUUCCGUUAAAGAGUGGAAAGGGGUUUACUCCAUAUCUAGCGGUUUUAAUUCCACCCACAUUUUGCUAAACCCAAUGUGUUCAUUGGUUGAUGAGUUUAAAUUGUGUCUUCCUGAUGAUUCACUUGCUAUUACAAACAAGGAUAGUAGCCAAUGGAGUGUUGCUAGUUCUACAUCUGUUGGGACUUUUGUCACCACGGGGACUAUUGAAAACAUAGAUACUGAGCGUGGUUGGCAAUAUCUAAGUUGCAAAUACCACAACAAAAAAGUUAUGCCUACAACCAAUAUUGAUGAUGAGAACCGUCUCUUGUUCUACUGCAAUACAUGUGAUAAAGAACACAUUGAUGUCAUUCCGAGGUUUAAAUUAAUUGUCCACGUUAAAGACGAUACCAGUGAGGCAACUUUUCUUUUGUUUGAUGGCAAUGCUCAAGUGCUUGUGCGUCGUUCUGCCGCUGAACUCUAUGAUGAGAAUCUAGAUGAAGACUUGUUACCAGAAGCAGUUAGCGACCUUUUUGGCAAGAGAAUCCUUUUUGAGGUUUCAGUUGAUGCUUAUAACAUCAAAGGAAAGAGCUCUCAGUAUGUUGUUCGAAUUGCUACUGCUGACCGUGAACUGAUUGAGGAAUUUUCUGCUUUGCCACUUAAACAGGUCCUAAUGCUGCAGUCUUCAGAUGAUAUUUCUUCUGGUUCAGGUGGUUUAUCAGGAACUCCAUUGUCUAAAAGAAAAAGCCAAGAUGAACAACAGAGUAGCCUAGAGGAUCAACAUUCCAUCAAGAUCUAUAUCAUGGCAGGAAACAAGGAUCUCAAAAUGAAGGCUCCAAUGGUUGAAGACUAUGGUUCAACCGUUAAAGAGGCAUUCAAGAAAGGGCGUCUGGAGACAACUCAGCAUUACCGAGCCAAGCUGUUUAUGUACAAGCAACUACAAGAGGGUCUCAUGAAGAAACAUGAUGCAGAGCUUUAA